GACAGGACACUGGUUGGAGUCACGGUGAAGGGCAGAGAUGUGAGACUGCAGCACGGCGCGCAGUGACGCGCUGCAUCCACUGGGGGAGGACCGAGCACCGCCUGCAUGCUGCAGUACAGGGACCACUUUCUCUCCAUCAUCACACACACACACAAAUAUACUCUGUCACACACGCACAUACACACAUAAUGGGAGGGAUACAGGAGUAAAGGUAGGGCUAUAGCGGCUGACAGAUGUGUGAUGCUCAGACCUGACCGUGGGGCUUUUUCCCCAAACCUGUGCCAAGCGCAACUUUUACCUAUCCUCCUUUUUUUUCUUUUUCUUCUUCUUUCUGCUCUGGAUCGUAUGGAGCUGUCAUUGAUGCCAACUCGCACCUGAUUUCCUCCCCUCCGCAUUUUCCUCUUUAUUUUUCCCUCCCUUUUUUUUUUUACUCCACGACCAUUGUUGUCAGCAUACCAAGAGCGAUGCCGCAGAAACGGGGGCUCAAGUGCCAAUAGAUCCUGUUGAAUUUAGACGAGACGUCGACGCGCAGCCACCCCGACAAAAAAAAGGUGCCCUCCUCAGAGUGCGUCAGAGCACGGAUGUAUCUGCUGGAUGUGGAUGUGGACAUGGUCGCCCGUUGGAUACGACGAGGGAUUCUUGAUCUUACAACCCAAAUCCAAGACGAGGAUGUGAGCACAGAGGGAGAGCUGCAUCCUCCGACAGAUUUCUUCUCAUGAAGGAUGAGGAGGAUUUAUCUGGCCCCUUUUCAGACCUCCUGAGAGCAUCACAGAGGAGGAGAAAUAAAAAAAAAGUCAUUCAGAUCCAACGGAGCUUCGAAGAAGCAGCAAAACAAAUCCUUCCUAAAGAGAGAAAAAAAAAUCUCAUCCCAUAAAAUGGCAACCGCGGCUGACYGCGGAGGACCAAAGGACGCGUCUGAGCGCAACCCGCUGAGGGGUUAAACCACCUGAUGGGCGCCGGGGGAACCGAGGAGAGACUGCUCCGGUGUCGCUUGUUGACUCGGUGAUUUAUCAUGCCGAGCUCCUGCAAGUUUUGACCAGGCGUCUGCGUAACAGGCUACAUGCCACCGGCCUUCCUCGGGUUUUUGUUUUUAUUUAUUCAUUUCGGGGUUAUGGUAAUGAUGUCAUAAAUAAAAAUAAUAACAAUCGAUCCAAUAAACAAUAAACACCCAGCUGGGCGCGAAGGAGGAUGGACGUGGACCCCAGUCAGUAUGGACCUAACUGAGGUGUGUUUGUUGUUUUGACUUUCUUCCAUCUGAUUGGUCGGAACGGACGCUCUGACCGUCCGUCGGUGCGCGCGCCGAGCUGCAACUUGUGCGUCCACACGUCCGCUGCGCCUCCGCGGAUCGGCUURAAAGAAAAUACAAAAGAACAAGAAGAAAACCUAUUCAUAUAUAUAUWUUUUAAAACAAUGGAGUUUGCCAUGGUGGGCGCGGACGGCGGGUGCAACAGCCACCUGCCAUACGGAUAUGCCCAGGCUCGCGCGCGGGAGAGGGAGCGCGAGAGGGAGCGCCAGGCGUCGCGAGCGGCGGCCGCGGCCGCUGCGGCCGAGGGUGCGGAGGGAGGAGGGGGAGGGGGUGGAGGUGGAGGAGGACCCGGCUCCACCGCCUCCUCCGGCGCUCAUCUCCUUAACAACCGCCAGCAUCAGUCUCGCGCCUCCUCCUCCGCGAACAUCAGCAGCAGCGCCGCCUCGCGCCCCUCCUCAUCCUCCUCCUCCUCCUCCCAGCAGCAGCAACAGCAGCAGGAGCCCGAGCAGCAGCAGCAGCAGCAGCAACAGCACAGAGAGCGCAAAAAGCAGCGCGGCGUCGGACGCUGGAGGCGCAACCGGAGCGCACUUGGCGGAGAUCUGCGCCACUCGGAGCUGGCGCUGCUCGGAUCCGAGGAGGAGAUCAUGAUCGAGGAGGAGGAGGAGGAGGAGGAGGAGGAAGAGGAGGAGGAGGGCGCGCAGGGAGAGGGGGGCAAAGGGGAGGAGGAGGAGGAGGAGGGGGUCCGAGCGAGCAAAAGGUCGAGCUUUCUGUGCCACAUGAUGAUGGAUGAUGAGGAGGAGACGGACCGGCGCCCUCAGUCCGGCUACGAGAACGUCUACAGCGAGUGCGGCUGCUGCGAGCGCGUGGUCAUCAACGUGUCCGGCCUGAAGUUUGAAACUCAGCUCAAGACUCUCACGCAGUUCCCGGACACGCUCCUGGGGGACCCGGACAAGAGGAUCAGGUACUUCGACCCGCUGAGGAACGAGUACUUCUUCGACCGGAACCGGCCGAGCUUCGACGCGAUCCUGUACUACUACCAGUCCGGGGGGCGGCUAAAAAGACCCGUCAACGUCCCGUUCGACAUCUUCUCCGAGGAGGUGAAGUUUUACGAGCUGGGCGACGAGGCCAUCCUGAAGUUCCGCGAGGACGAGGGCUUCGUGAAGGAGGAGGAAAAGCCUCUGCCCGAGGACGAGUUCAAGCGCCAGAUCUGGCUGCUGUUCGAGUACCCGGAGAGCUCGAGCCCGGCCAGGGGGAUCGCGGUGGUCUCCGUCCUGGUCAUAGUCAUCUCCAUCGUGAUCUUCUGCCUGGAAACGCUGCCGGAGUUCAGGGAUGAGAAGGAGUAUCUGCAGCCGCGGCGCAACAACUCCUCUCAGCCCGACCCCAGCUUCACGCCCUUCAACGACCCCUUCUUCAUCGUGGAGACGGUGUGCAUCAUCUGGUUCUCCUUCGAGAUCAUCGUGCGCUUCUUCGCGAGCCCGAGCAAGACGGCGUUCUUUAAAAACAUCAUGAACUCCAUAGACAUCGUGUCCAUCCUGCCUUACUUCAUCACCCUGGGCACGGACCUGGCGCAGCACCAGGGCAACGGCCAGCAGGCCAUGAGCUUCGCCAUCCUGAGAAUAAUCCGCCUGGUCCGGGUGUUCCGCAUCUUCAAGCUGUCGCGGCACUCCAAGGGCCUGCAGAUCCUGGGUCACACGCUGCGCGCCAGCAUGCGCGAGCUGGCCCUCCUCAUCUUCUUCCUGGUCAUCGGGGUCAUCCUCUUCUCCAGCGCGGUGUACUUCGCCGAGGCGGACGAGCCCACGUCGCAGUUCACGAGCAUCCCCGACGCCUUCUGGUGGGCCGUGGUCACCAUGACCACGGUGGGCUACGGCGACAUGAAGCCCAUCACCGUGGGGGGCAAGAUCGUCGGCUCCCUGUGCGCCAUCGCGGGCGUCCUGACCAUCGCGCUGCCGGUGCCGGUCAUCGUGUCCAACUUCAACUACUUCUACCACCGGGAAACGGACAACGAGGACCAGACGCCGGCGGUGGAGAGCAUGCCCCCGGGUUGCCCCUACUUCCCGGACUUCCUGAGGAAGUUCAAAGGCUCGCCCUCCGGCUCGUCGCUCGGAGACAAAGCGGAGUACAUGGAGAUGGAGGAGGGGGUGACGGAGUCGCUGUGCGGCCUGGACAAAAGCCCCAGUAAAGGGAACGGCACGGACAUAAGCAGGAAAAACAGCACGAACUCUAAAUCUAUUCAGACUGACGUGUGAUUACAGAUUUAUUUAGAUAGUUUUUUUUUCCAAAGAAGAAGACACUUUCUGCUCAACAACAACAACAGCUGAAUCCCCUCCUUAACCCAACACAAGUUUUACGCACGCCUC